GUAACAGCUGCAACUUGUUCAUUCAUGGUAUUUUUCUCCUCUACCAUGUCAGCUGUACAAUACAUACUUCUAGGAAUGGACCAUGUCAAUACUGCCAUAAUCUUUGCAAUUAUUUGUUUAAUUGCAUCACUUAUUGGAUUGGUAGUUGUACAAAGAGCCAUUGAACAUCAUGGGAGAGCAUCACUUAUUGUUUUUUCAGUUGGAAUAGUCAUGGCUUUAAGUACUAUUCUUAUAACAAGUUUUGGAGCUGUUGAUGUUUGGAGGGAUUAUACAAGUGGGAAGUACAUGGGGUUCAAGCCACCUUGUUGAAAAUAAGAGAGAUAAGCAUGAAGUAACCUCCAAACUAUGGCCAAAGUGGCUACGACACACUCCAAUUUCACAGGGGUCCGAUUACCCCACUAACUCAAUUUUAGCGUAUUUUCAUCAGUCUUUGUGCUGAUGUGACACAUUUAUUACAUAAAAUGAGACUCACAUCAAAGGUACCAAGUCAGCUAAAAGGUUGAUAAAAGGUGUCACAUCAGCUAAAAGCUAAAAGGUUGAUAAAAGGUGUCACAUCAGCUAAAAAACUGUCAAAAAUACGCUAAAAUUUGGUUCGGGGAGGUAACAGGACCCCGUGAAGGUGAAGUGUAUCGUAGAAAAUUUUGUCAUAGUUUGAGGGAGGGAUACUAAAUGCUUUUCUCAAAAUAAGAAGGGAAAUACUAAGAGUUGUGCUCGUUUGAAGUCUCAGAUCUCACUAUGUGGGGUUAUAGUGGAUGUACCGGUGUUGUUUCUUGUUUGAAGAGUGCUAGGGGUUUUGCAUAUUUUGUGCUCAAAUUAACAAAUAUAAAUAGAAGCUAUUUGGAGGAUAGUUUUGGUAGAAUUGAAAGAGAGUAUUUGGAGGUAUUUCUGAGUGUGUUUGAAUAUACAUGACGAGUUUCACUCUGAAAAAGAGUUUGUAGAAAUUGAAUAUCUGUAAGUGUAAGAGUUGUUCUUGUUUGAAGUAUCAAAUCCCACUGUGUAAGGCUAUACUGGAUAUUCUAUUGUUGUUACUUAUAUGAAAAGUGCUUAGGGUUUUGCA